AUGGGUGCCAGAAGAUUUCGACGCACAACUUAUCAAGUGUGCGUUACAAUUUUAGAGGCGAGACACUUGCCGCAAAAUGCGAGCUGUUUGGUGGUGGUUAAAGUUGGCAAUCAGAAAAAGAAAACGGUGGUCCGCGAGAAAACCGAUGCACCGGUUUACAAUGAAUACUUCGUGUUCGAUUUGUUCUGCAACUUAGAGGAACUAUUGAGUACUAGGAUUAUAAUAGCUGUGUAUAUAAAGCAUUACCUGCGCUUGAAGUUCCAUGGGAGCGCAAACUUCGAAAUAGCUCUUGUGUGGGAACAACCAGAUCGUCAAUAUUAUCACAAAUGGGCGAUGUUGAUCAACCCGGCGGACCCAGGUUCCGGUCUGAAGGGAUAUGUUAAAUGUAACAUUACAAUGAAUGUAAAAGGGGAGAAGAUGAAGGUGCACCCGGAAACAGACGGCGAGGAUGACAUUGAAGGAAAUCUGCUGCUCCCCGUUGGUGGCGAGUCGCUGCCAUUCAGGAGCCGCGCGCGUUACAUUUUUGCGAUUUAUCGGGCAGACGGUUUACCAGAUAUGAGCAGCAUGUGUAUGAAAACUGAUUUCGAAAAUAUCAAUCCAUACGUGCAAAUAUCCUUCGCUGGAAUGAAGAAUCGCCUGUGGAGGACGGAGGAAUACUGUCUAGUGGCCAUUCUGUACGAUGUCAGCAUGAUAGACAGGCGAAAAUUUUGGACGAAAUCGAUAAGCUUCGAAAUUAGCCUGGGAAACGCCGGAAAUAAACAAUUCCCUCGCAGCCAGUGCGUCGAAGGCGGCUACGACGGAAACCGGAUGCCGGAGCGGCGACCGGACUUCGAGAGCGGCACCGCUCCACGACUGACUGGUUCACUGGAUGGCAAAUAUAAUUAUCUGCCUCUUGGCUCGCGAAAACCGUGCUUGUACGUCAAGUCCUGGUGGCCCGACCUCGAGUGGAGGAUGUACAAUAGCAAUAGUCUGGGUCGCGUUGCCGAUUUCCUAGACCAGAAGUUGGCGGAGCUUGAAGGGCUGGUCGCGUCGGAGGAGCAGGGAGCUUACAUGCUCUACAAUGAGACAGUUCGCCGCUUGAAGGACCACUGCAUCCGGUACUUGCAAAUGCUGAACACGGGCCGAUACGAUGAUCACGGCGGUACCACCAAGCUCGAUCGUCAUCGUGUGAACCUAUGUCGUAAAGAAAUCGAGAGCAUCCUGCAGAGGAUCAAGAUCAACGGCGAACUACCGAGCAAUCGCUACACAAGGAUCGCGAUGGCGCACGCGUACCAGUACCUGAAAAGAGUGAAGAAGUUACGGGAAGACCCGCAGCACAGCCUUCCAGACGUCUCCAUCUGGAUGACGGCCGGAUCGAAGCGCGUCGCUUGCACGCGACUUCCGGCUGAGGAAUUAAUCUACUCCGAGGACCCGAACGAGAGAGGCUUGAAAUGCGGGAAAAAGAUCCAGGCGUUCCUGAGGAACCCGCGCGAGGAUCAAGGAGCCGAUUACGCCGCUUGCAAGAUGGAGGCUUUCCUCUGGCUGGGCAGAACCGAGCACAUCGGCGCGUGCUGGUCCGCCAUUCCGCCGGGAUACGACGUGGAACACGAAAGGAACCUCGACGUGUUCCCGAAAUAUGUGGAGUACACUCGGUCCUCGGUAUUCCAAUUACGUGCUCACAUAUUCCAAGGUCGCUUUGAUCCCGGGAUGGAUGCAUCCGGCUUAUUGGAUCCACUCGUACGUGUUGCAUUUCAUGGCUACACGGCCGCCACCAGAGCUAUCAAGCAGACCUUGGACCCUUUCUGGGAUCAGACGCUGAUCCUUCCAUCGUGCACCAUUCACGGGACGAAGGGGCAUGUCAAAGGGGAUCCUCCGAAAGUGGUGGUGGAAGUGUUCGAUCAAGACGUACGCGGCAUCAAGGAGUUCUGCGGAAGAUGCACAGCCGUUCCGUUAGUUAAACUCGCGGAGGAAACUUACUCGCCACCUGAUUUCCCUCCGAAACUCGAGUGGUACAAAUUUAAAUCGCAAAGGGAUUGCACCGGCUCCGUGCUCGCUGCAUUCGAGCUUAUAGAGGUUCAAGAGGAUGAGACAGCGGACAAGCCGAUAAGCGACUCGAAACAGGAGAUUAUAUACAGCAUACCGGAAGACAUCAGGCCGAAAAUGGCGAGGUACAGGCUCGAAGUAAUAUUUUGGGGCAUCCGGGACAUGAAGAAGAUAAAUUACGUGCCGGUGUUGAAGCCUCGAAUUAUUAUAGAGUGUGCCGGUGUCGAUGUCAAGUCAGAGGUGAUGGAGAACGCGAAGAGAUUUAAUAACUUCGAGGAACCUCAUAUCGUCGUUGACUUGGACAUGGCGGAGCUCGAUAUCUACUACCCCUCCGUCACAAUAAAAGCUUACGACUCGCGAGGAUUUGGUUGCUUUAAGUAUAUCGGUGUAUGCAUCGUGCCUACCGUCCACAUAUUCAUAGAGCAAUUAAUAACGGAAGAGGAUUAUGAUGCGCAGAUAUACGGGACGAGAUUUAAAUCUCUGUGGACGAAAAAGCAGUCCACCAUUCUAUCAUUGCCGACGGAAUACGAUUCAUCGAAAGAGGAAAACAAGGGGUUGAUUUCGUACAAGAAGAUGGCCGCUAAACAUUCAUCGAGGACCCAGAGAAUUCUGCGAUCGCUGAAGAAGCUGUUCGCGCAUUUAUUAGGGAGGAGGGGCACGAAGAAGAAAAGGGUGGAACGUAUGGAGGAGGAGGACGAGUCGCUCGAUUGGUGGAGUAAAUAUUUCGCUUCUCUAGAGGGGAGGAUAUGCGUGUACCGUUGGCCUCAUCCGAGCGACGUUCCCUGCAAGACGAAAACCGGGAGGAACGCGGCGAACGGCGUUUGCGACGAUUAUCCGUCGCCAGAGGCCGUUAGGCUUCUGGUUAGACUGUACGUCGUGAAGGGCAUCAACUUACAGCCUAACGAUCCCCUAAGCGGAAAGUCUGACCCGUAUCUCUGCGUCAGACUUGGAAAAACGUUUAUCAACGACAAGAAGAAUUAUAUAUCUAACCAGCUGAAUCCUACCUUCGGACGGCAAGCUGACAAUACAGUAUAAAAGUGCAGAUAUAAUCAUUUUUAAUCGAAAUGAGUGACUAAAGAAUUAAAUGCAAUUUCUUCGUGUCCUGUCAACAUUUCCCAGACUUCUAUCCAUCCCUUGAAAUUGCUGACAUCCUUCAAUUCAAGGCUUUUCGAAAUAGAGGCUUCUUUUCCUCAAGACUACCUACUAACAAUUCAAGCCUGGGACUACGACGCAUCAUCCUCAGACGAUCUCAUAGGCGAAACGAAGAUCGACCUAGAAAAUCGAUUCUACAGCAGACAUCGUGCAACUUGUGGUAUAUCUCGAACGUACAGUGCAUCUGGUUACAACGCUUGGAGGGAUCGCGAGAGACCGACACAGAUCCUCUUCAACAUUUGCAAGAGGAAUAGUUUACCUGCACCGGAGUACAGAAAGGAUCACGUUAAAAUUGGACGAAAAAGAUUCUUUCGCAGUGAUCCUCAAUCGAAAGACGAGGCUGACUGGGAAGAAUGCGCGGCACUGGACGUGCUUCAUCAGUGGCAUGAUUUUCCCAUUUGCGGUUGCUCUCUGGUGCCGGAACACGUUGAAAGACGGCCGCUCUUUAAUGCCGCUAAGCCUGGUUUGGAGCAGGGUAAAUUGGAACUUUGGAUCGACAUGUUUCAAUUCGGCGAGCUUCCGCCGAAACCGGCGUUAGACAUUAGCCCGCCUGUGCCGCGGGAGUACGAGAUUCGCGUGGUCGUUUGGAAUACCGAGGACGUGCCUCUCGUCGAUAGCCAAUUUCUUACCGGGGAGAAGUGCUCCGACAUUUACGUGAAAGGCUGGAUUAUUUACGACGAUUACCAAAAGACCGACGUCCAUUACAAUUCCCUGAGCGGCGAGGGUAACUUCAACUGGAGGUUCAUAUUUCGCGUCACGUACUCAAAGGGCGAGCGGGUUAUGAUCGUGCGUAGAAAGGUGUCGGUCCUGGCCAGGAGCAAAACCGAGGACAAACUGCCGUGCAAAUUGCAGCUGCAAGUUUGGGACAGCGAUCAUUUCUCACCGGACGAUUUCCUCGGCGCCCUGACCCUGGAUCUGUCGAGGAUGCCGCGCGGAAGCCCGAAUUCCAAAAACUGCACGCUCAGGCUGCUCGAUCUGGAAUUGCCCACGAUUGAUUUGUUCAAAGUGUCUAGGAUCAGGGCAUGGUGGCCGUUCCAGCGGAGCGUUGGCACCGAAAAUUACGUACAAGCGGGGAAAGUUGAACUGGAAAUGUCAAUAUUGCGAGCAGAGGAAGCCGAGGAACAACCCGCGGGCAAAGGACGAGACCCGCCGUUGGAACUCCCGCAUCCAAACCGGCCGGAUACCUCGUUCUCCUGGUUCCGGAACCCGUGGAAAGCGUUUCGCUUCGUGGUCUGCCGCUAUUACAAAUGGCGGAUCAUUUGCUGCUUCACGAUCGUGCUCCUCGUUCUGUUGCUCGCCUGCGCGAUCUACGCUUUCCCUGGAUAUCUGGUCAAGCGAAUUUUAGGAGCUUAA